AUGGCGGACGAGGUGAUUCUUCUGGAUUUCUGGCCGAGUAUGUUCGGAAUGAGGACGAGGAUUGCUCUGGAGGAGAAAAACAUCAAAUUCGAUUACAGAGAGCAAGAUCUUUUUAAUAAAGACUCGUUUCUCCUCGAGAUGAAUCCGGUUCACAAGAAAAUCCCGGUUCUCAUCCACAAUGGUAAACCGGUUCUUGAAUCUCUCAUCCAGAUCGAGUACAUCGACGAGGUUUGGCCCGGACAAAACCCACUCCUUCCUUCUGAUCCUUACCAAAGAGCUCAGGCCAAAUUCUGGGGAGACUUCAUAGACAAAAAGGUGUAUGGUCCAACGAGGUUGAUAUGGGGAGCGAAAGGUGAAGAGCAAGAGAAGGGAAAGACGCUAGAGUCUGAGCUUGGAGACAAGAUCUACUUUGGAGGCAAAACGUUUGGAUAUGUUGAUAUAGCUCUCAUUGGAUUCUAUAGCUGGUUUGAAGCGUAUGAGAAGUUUGGAAGUUUCAGCAUCGAAGCAGAGUGUCCGAAACUGAUUGCUUGGGCUAAAAGGUGUGUCAAGAGGGAGAGUGUCGCCAAGUCUCUUCCUGAUUCGGAGAAGGUCACUAAGUUCGCUCCUGAGCUAAAGAAGAAACUUGGGAUUGAGUAG